CAGGGCUCCAGCUUAAUGAUAGGGUGAGCUCCGUUGUGAGAGGAUAUGGAUGGUGUUGGCCUCUAGCAAAUUCUGAAGAAUUGCAAAAGAUUAGAGAUUAUAUGCCCUUGUAUAAACCCCAGCACAUGAGAAAGGAUACUAUUAAAUGGCUGUCUUCUCCAAAUGGUGCAUUCUCAGUGAAUCUGCCCUCAGCUCAAUUAGUUCAUCACACUCAAAUUAACUUCGCUUUUUUUUACUAUAAUGUUUAGACUUGUACAAACUACUUCCUCAAACUCGAAUAUUGGCCACUGACAAUGGUGAUUGACCCUUAGAAGGUAUAAGAAGUAUAUUGC